AUGGACUUUCAGGACGCCUGGACGUGCGAGCAGGCACAGGAACUUGCCCCUCCACCGCGGCUAGUAACUGACGCCGACCGUCAGGAACACCGUCAGCAGCAGCGCCGCCUCCUCAUCGUCGAGGCGGACGAGCGAGCCAUGGCGGAGUGGCGCCAGCGCCACCCGCAAGACGUCGCCAACGAGAACGCCUUCUGGGCGGAGAGGAGGACAAGGUGGCUCGCGGAACGGGCGGACAGACGUCGUCGGAAGGCACUGGUGAUAUCGCAGUGCGAGCUAAGACAGGCAUCAUUCUUUGACGACAACGAUGAUCGGUGGGAAGACGUGUUUCUUGAUACGUCGGACGACACAAGCGAGGAGGAGGACAACUCGGAGUAG